AGGGGCUCGCAUGACUAAUAUAUGACACUAAUCUGCAAACUAACAAGCCAAAGGCUGUAUUAAUUUUAACAGCCCUGCCCUGGGGAGACGCACAUGUUACAUAUGCCCAGAAAUCAGGCUAGGGGAGGGAGGGAUAAGUUCAAGUUGCUGACCUCGUACACUGGGUGGGUCUACUUGCGAAAACCUCGACCCACGUGCGAACCCAACCUGAGAUUCUAUUAUAAAGCUGUCAGAUGACAAUCACAUGCAGGUUUGAUUAAGGUUGGUUAUGGAUACCAAGGUGACCAGGGGUGUGUGGGAGUAGUGGUAGAUACAGGUGUACACUGUGGUCCCGACUGGUCCGAGGCUAGGCAGCUGUAUGCAGGCACGUCAGUGGUGGUUGCAGUGCACCGAGUUGACAUUUGGGCUCUGUGUUCUGAGUGGCUGGCAGAGGGUUUGCUGCUUGGCCAACCAGCUCUUGACUUCCCCAUCAUUAGUAUGAGAAGUGGCAUUCUGUUGUCAGCACGUGCGUAGGGAGUGUAUGCUGUGAUGUGUGUAACUCUCUCCACGCUUGGUUGAAUGGGUGUCACACUGCCGACCAGCAGACAGUGGCCUGAGCAAAGACAGAUAUUUCUCCAUGGGACAACGCUCUCUAUGCAACUUGCAAUACUUUGUAUAGGCCUGCUGCUGCCAAAAUCGGAGGAAUUUACCUGUGCGUGUUGAAAUCUGUACUGGAUAUUGAAUGCUGAGCAUCGGAUCAUGCAUGACUGAAUGUGGAAUGGUACUCAAUUAAAUGAUACCGUCAUAAUUGGAAACAUACCUCCAGUGGUUAUCAGUCCUGGGAAGCAGCCCAAAGGAUUUCCCUUGUCAGCCCAGGAUUUUUUUUUCUGCCAAUGUGAACCUGCCGUAAAUAUUGGAAUUUGGAAAGCUCUCACGCAAUACACUUGUUUCGGUUCCUAGCAAUUUAUUAUUGUUUUCUGAAACAAGACAAACCUGUCCCUGAAGCCUCUGAUUAAUCCUACAAACAUCUGUGUUUCAUUGGGAAAAAGAUCAAACCCAUGUGUUCCAGCCGUACUUUCUGUUGCUGAAUGAGGAUCGAGCGGCUAGACGAUUUCGUUUGGAAUUUGAACUUUUUUACUGACUAAAGAAGACUAGGUCAUCAUUAUGGGUCUGCAGAUGUUUGUUCAAGUCAGACUGGUCGUCUGGUUCGGAGGUUUGCUAUUGGUUGCCAGUGCAGUAUCACCGCUGUGGUCAGGUUGGGAAGAAUGGACAAACUGCUCCAGACAGUGCGACUGGGGAGUGUCACUACAGAAAAGAAGAUGCUUACGAGGAGCUUGCCAGGGACCAGAGAAAAGAUACAGGACCUGCAAAAUCACGGACUGCCCUCCUGGUACCCCAGAUUUCCGUGUGCUGCAGUGUGCUCUCUCUAACAAUGAGAGCCACACAGACGGCAAGAUGUACGAUUGGAUUCCCGUGGAGGACUUGCCCCUUGACCAGCGGUGUACGCUGACCUGCCGAGCCAGGGGGACGGAUAUGACCAAAGUCCUGUCUCCUAAGGUGUUGGAUGGCACCACAUGCGCAGCAGACUCCAUUGAUAUGUGCAUCCUAGGACGCUGUGAGCCUGUUGGAUGCGACCACCAGCUCAAUUCCACAGCGAUGCUGGACAGGUGUGGUGUUUGUAAUGGGGACAACAGCACCUGUAGACUGAUGAAAGGAAACAGGCAUACCUUGCCCUCACCAACAGUUUGCUCCAGAUGUGCUUAUCCCAGAAAUCGUUCAUGUGGUGAUACUUGCAUCAGUUAGCAUAGCUGCUUUAGCAGUGACUGCUACUUUGUACAUCUGCAUCUUGCUGAAACUACGACACAAAUCCCUCGCAACACAGAACCGCCCACAGCGACUUGGUAAGGUGGCCUGUAUGCUCAUCAUCAAUAGUG